UUUUUUGUAAACAAAACAAGACGAUUGCACACCGCGCAUAAAAAUUUUUAAUGUAGUUUUUGUAUGAAAUUAUAGCUAUUAUUUUAGAACCAUGCUUACUUCUAAGGUAUUUGUGAAAAAAACCAAAAAGGGAUCCAUCGUAAAAACUGUGAGAGAACACUAUUUACGAGAUGAUAUUCUGUGUGGCUCAGCUGUAUGUUCUGAAUGCCCAGAAACAAGCACAUGUUUAGAAGCAUUCCCCAUUAGUUGUAGUAAUUUGUGUAAAAAACCUCAUUAUAUAAUUCCUGAUACUAACGUUGUCAUUCAUCAAUUUGAUGUUCUUGGUGAAUCUGCUUUUAAAAAUGUAAUUAUACUGCAAACAGUUCUAGAGGAAUUGAGGCAUCGUCAUUCACCAGCAUAUAAUCGAGUUAGAGAGGUAUUAUCAAAUGCAGAUCGUCAUUUUUAUGCUUUUACUAAUGAACAUCAUAGACAUACUUAUACUGAGAGAAAGCCUGGUGAAUCAUCUAAUGAUAGAAAUGAUCGAGCAAUUCGCAAUGCUGUUAAAUGGUAUCGAGAACAUUUAAAAUUAUCUAAUGGCUCUGAUAUUGAUGUAGUAUUGCUAACUAAUGACAAAGAAAACUCUAAAAAAGCUGAAGAAGAAGGCUUGACUGUAUACACAUUUGCAGAAUAUGUGCAGGGUAUGACUCAGUUUCCAUCUCUUAUUGACAAAUUAGCAAAUGUUAAUAUGCAUGCUAAAAAUGAUGGGCAUGAAUUUGUCAAUAGUAAGAGUAAAUUUCUGUAUCCUGAACACUGGAAGCUUUCAAAAAUCCAAGAUUGUCUGAAGGCUGGUACUCUAAUUCAAGGGAAAUUUCAGACUAGUCGAGAAAAUUAUCUGGAAGGUUUUGUGUUCAUGGGAGGAGAUGAUGAAUCUGAUUCAAAAUCGGUUUUUAUACAAGGUCUUAAACAUUUAAAUAGGGCUGUCCAUGGUGAUACAGUUGCUGUUCAGAUAUUACCAGAAGAGCAAUGGACAUGCCCAUCUUCACUAGUUUUAGAAGACAAAACCAAAAAUCCUGAUGCUGAAAAAGAUGAAAAUGAGGAAAAAGUUCUAAAGAAAAAAUCUUCUCUGAAAGUUACAUCUGGAGCUGUGGUUGGUAUCAUUAAAAGAAACUGGAGGCCUUACUGUGGUAUGCUUCAACCCCCAUCUAUCAAAGGUCAAGCAACGCAAACUUCCCAGUACUUGUUUGUUCCAGCUGAAAGAAGAAUACCAAAGAUUCGAAUUCAAUCCCGACAAGGAGAGAAAUUGUUAUCCCAAAGAAUAAUAGUUUCUAUUGAUAGUUGGCCUCGUGAUUCCAGAUAUCCCCAAGGCCAUUUUGUACAAAGCCUUGGUGAUGUUGGAGAAAAAGAUACAGAAAAUCAAGUUUUGCUUUUAGAACAUGACAUACCUCACCAACCAUUUUCAAAAGCUGUUCUUGAUUGCCUUCCUGAAUUACCUUGGAUUAUUACUGAAAAAGAUCUUGCUGUUCGAAGAGAUUUAAGACACAUUGCUAUUUGCAGUGUGGAUCCUCCUGGUUGUACAGAUAUUGAUGAUGCAUUACACUGUAGACAACUUGAAAAUGGUAAUUAUGAGGUUGGAGUACACAUAGCAGAUGUGUCACAUUUUAUUAGACCAGGAACUGCAAUUGAUAAUGAAGCUGCUAUGCGAGGCACUACAGUUUACUUGGUGGAUAAAAGGAUAGAUAUGGUUCCUGAACUCUUGAGCUCAAAUCUCUGUUCACUGAGAGGAAAUGAAGAGAGGUUUGCAUUCUCUGUAAUUUGGGAGAUGACUGAAGAAGCUAAAAUCCUUAAAUCAUCCUUUUUUAAAUCUGUUAUAAAAUCAAAGGCUGCUUUAACCUAUGCUGAAGCUCAAUUACGAAUAGAUGACAAAUCUCUUAAUGAUGAAAUAACAAUAAGUUUAAGAUUCUUGAACAAAUUAGCUAAGCUUCUAAAGAAAAAAAGAAUUGAUAAUGGCGCACUUUCACUAGCAUCUACAGAAGUUCGAUUUGCCAUGGAUACUGAAACACAUGAUCCCAUAGAUGUUGAAAAAAAAGAAUUGAAAGAAACAAAUUCCAUGGUUGAGGAAUUUAUGUUGCUGGCUAAUAUUUCUGUAGCUAAGCGAAUUCAUGAAGAAUUUCCAGAAUGUGCUCUUCUCAGAAGGCAUCCUGCACCUGCAGUGUCUAAUUUUGAACCUCUUAUCAAAGCUGGUCUUUCUAAAGGUUUGAAGAUAGAAGUUCAUUCUGGAAAAGCUUUAGCAGAAUCAUUAGAUGCUGCUGUUGUACCUGAAAAUCCUUAUUUUAAUACAAUGCUUCGAAUGGUUGCCACUCGAUGUAUGGCUCAAGCAUUAUACUUCAGUAGUGGUGUUUUGCCUAUGUCUGACUACUUUCAUUAUGGCUUGGCUGUCCCCAUAUAUACUCAUUUCACAUCUCCCAUAAGAAGAUAUUCUGAUGUCAUAGUACAUAGGCUGUUAGCAGUUGCUAUUGGAGCUGAUGUGACAUACCCCUCUCUUGUAGAUAAAAAUAAAACACAGGAACUCUGUAAUAAUUUGAAUUAUCGUCACAAACAAGCUCAGUAUUGCGGAAGAGCUUCAGUGAAUCUUUACACACAUAUAUUCUUCAAAGACAAAACUGUUGAAGAAGAAGGAUACAUUCUAUUUAUUCGUGAGAAUGCUUUACAAGUUCUUUUGCCUCGAUUUGGUCUGGAGUGUACUUUAUAUCUUAAUUCCUCCAAAAAGACUGAUGAUGAAAUCAUUUUUACUUAUGAUGAAGAGGGACCUACACAAUCUGCUGCUGGAGUUACUCUAAGACAAUUUGAUCCAGUGACAGUUCAACUUCAUAUUGAUAAAACUAACAUUCAGCAUCAAAAGACAACAUUGAAGCUUGUCAAACCUUUUAUACCUGGAUUUAGUGUCCCACCUUUGACAGAAGAGCCACCUCUUAAGAAGCAGAAAACAAUGUAAAAAGCGGUUUUUUUUUUUUAAUAAAUGAAUAUUUUAUUUA